AUGGAUGCUCAUGCAAGGGCACGAAUGCCCCCACCCCAUCAGACCCCCAAAGUGUCCUCCCGAUCAACACCCUUCGCUCCCAAGACUCCCUCUCACAUGAAAUCGCCUCCCCUCACUACGUCCCACAACGGUAAUACACCUCAUCAUCCCGAACCGCUCUCCAACAUCUUAUCGCCCAAAGAAGGUGGUGCUGGGUCGACAAGACUGAAGAUCAAAUCUGCUACUACCCCAGAAGCCAAAUCUCGAUUAUUGGUUAAGCCAAUAGGUGCUCGAGCCCAAGUCCAACAUGCGCAACGAACCAAUAACGAUCUGCUUUCCACACCAUCAGUCAGAUUGGUCAAUAGACCUACCACACCCAGCUUUGCACCCACGCUGGCGGAUGAAGGUUGGAUGUCAGCUGAUACGCAUCCUAUUGAGGCGUCCAGUAUGAUGGAUUUUGAUGAGUACGAGAAUGAAAUGGCGGAGACGGAGGCCGUGCUGGUAUCUGUAAGAGUACGACCACCCAACCCCGUAGAACUUCGUUCAGAUGCUGGAAGUGUAUGGACCAUGCCUGAACAUGAUCCUCAUUUACUUAAAUUGGCUAAAGGAACAGAGGGUACAAGGGAAGAUAGGGAUUGGAUCUUCGAUCGAAUCCUUCCUCCUCAUUCAGAUAAUGGCAAAGUAUAUGGUACUUCUGCCAGAAGGCAUGUCCGAUCUGCAAUGGAAGGAUACAACGCAGUCAUAUUCGCCUACGGUCAAACAGCAUCUGGUAAAACACAUACUUUAUCUGGAUCAUCGAUGGAACCAGGUAUCAUCCCGUUAGCGAUCUCAGACCUAUUCUCUCAGAUUCGUUCUACCCCCGAUAGAGAGUUCUUACUUAGAGCAUCAUACUUGGAAUUAUACAAUGAAACGAUCAUUGAUUUGCUCUCGACUGUGCCAGGCGCGGAACUGCAUUUGAGUGAAGGUAAGAAGGGAGUGGUGAUCAAUGGAUUGACGGAAGUUGCCGUAAGGUCUGAAGCAGAUGUAAAAAAGUUAUUGAGAUCUGGUGAAGAUAGGAGAAAGGUUGGGGCGACAGAUUGGAAUGCUAGAAGUUCAAGAUCGCAUUGCGUAUUCAGAAUCACUAUUGAAUCUCGAUCUAGGAAUCCAGCUAUAGAAGAAGCUCCUAUAGGAGCGAGAACACCCGGAGGCAGGCUCAAGGCUGCAGGUGACAAGAUGACUAAGAUCAGUACUUUGUCCAUUAUCGAUUUAGCAGGUUCGGAAAAGCAUACUUCGUCGAAGGAGAGAAAUGCGGAAGGAAAACACAUCAAUCAAUCAUUGUUGACCCUCAAAUUGGUCAUUUCUAAACUUGCUGAUCUGGCUUCUAAGAGGAAUGUCACGCAUGUACCAUACAGGGAUAGUAAACUUACUCGUUUAUUACAAAAUUCGCUAUCUGGUGAUGCCCUCAUCUCAGUGAUCUGUACCGUAUCCCCAUCUUCGCUCAAUUUAGCAGAAUCGAUCUCGACUCUGGCCUUUGCUCAAGGGUUGAAGAGGGUGGUAUUGAAAGCGCAGAAGAAGGAAGUGGUCGAUCCUCAUGCUUUGAUACAGCAGUAUCAAAAUGAGAUUGCUGAGCUGAGAGCGCAAUUGAGAGAGAAGGAAAUGCACGGAGGUAAUAAGAAUGAACGAGACAAGAACGAAGCUAUGGAGAAGAGGUUGAACGAAUUGAAGAGUAUGAUCUUAACUUCGGUAAACGUCAUUUCACCCAACCCUGAGGAUAAUGCAACAAUGGUCCCGCCCAGUCCAGCCAAGAUGAGAUACCCCAAAUUAGAAUACGACCGACCAUCUGCCGAGCUAUUGGAAGAAUUACAUGCUGAGCAACUUCAUCGGGCAGAGUUGGAAGAUGAAGUGGCAAGGUUGAAAGCUGAACUAGCCACUAGACCUUUGGAACCUAAUAAAGAGAUUGUGGGAUUGAGGAAUGAAGUGGCUGAAUUGAGGUUGAUUGCUGAUGAUUAUGAGCGACAUCUCCUUGAACCGUCUAGGAAAGUUCGUGCGGACGUCGAGAAAGAAUUCUCAGAUAAGAUGAAAACGCUAGAAAAUCAACUGGACAGCAAGAAGAUUUGGGCGAACAGAUUAGAUGAGAAUGUCAGAUUCAUCACCCAGGAGAAUAAAGCGCUAGAGGCGAGAUGCCUGGAGGCCGAAUCAAAAGUACACCAGAUAAUAGAAUUCAUCAAUCUCGCUUUAUCACCCACCGACCCCGAUGCUUUACUCCCCAUACCGGAGUCAGAGGAAGUUCGAGAACUAUCACCAGAAAGGGAAUUACCUACGCUGGUGGUAUCGGAUGAUUUUUCACCCUCUCUUCCCUCUUCAGGGGGAAAGUCAACGUUGACACUUUCCGCUUCGAAAAUGAGAGCGACUUUCUCACAAAUGGACUUGGCGAACUUCAAUGACAAAUUUGGAACCCUCACCGUAUCAGGUAAAGGUAAAGGUGGUAAAGGCCUUGGUAUAGGUGGAAUGGGAGGGUCAGGAUGGGGUGGAAAGAUGUUAAGGGAGGAAAGUAGUUUUGCUUUAGCUGAAGUCGCAGGGGAUGAUGAUGACUUUUAA